GAUUAUAAAGCAAGAAAACCACCACCGGCUGUUAAAAGGGGGAAGAACGAUUUCUAACAAAAUCAUGUAAAGCGUACGGAAUCCCUGAGACGAGAACAAGAAAUAAGGAAACGUAAACCCUAAUUGUUAUUCGUCAUUGAUGGCGUCCAUCAAAUCGAAAGCAAUAAGUUCAAACAAUCAUUCAGGUGAUAAUUCAAAAGUGUGGUUCUAUUCGUUGUUGCUCACUAUUCAAUAUGGCGCUCAACCUUUGCUCACCAAACGCUGCAUCCGGCAAGAAGUGAUUGUAACUUCCAAUGUUUUGGCAUGUGAGAUUAUAAAGGUUAUUUGUGGACUGGUUCUCAUGGCAAAAGAUGGUAGUCUAAAUAAAGCAUUAAAGGAAUGGACUUUGAUUGGCUCGCUAAGUGCGUCAGGAUUACCUGCAGCUAUUUACGCCGUACAAAAUAGCUUGUUGCAGAUUUCUUACAAGAACCUUGAUUCCCUCACUUUUUCAAUGCUGAAUCAGACCAAGUUAAUUUUCACAGCAUUGUUUACAUAUAUUAUUUUACGGCAGAGACAAUCCAUUCAACAAAUUGGUGCCCUCUUCAUACUUAUCUUAGCAGCUGUUCUUUUAAGCAUUGGGGAAGGAUCACGAAAAGAUUACGGAAGCGAUGACCCUGAUAAGGUUGUUCUUUACGGAAUUAUUCCCGUCUUGAUUGCUUCUGUACUUUCAGGUCUUGCUUCUGCUUUGUGCCAAUGGGCAUCUCAGGUUAAGAAGCACUCGGCAUACUUGAUGACGGUAGAAAUGUCGUUGGUUGGGAGCCUUUGCUUGCUGGCAAGUACUUACAAGUCUCCAGACGGUGAAGCAAUGAGACAGCAUGGGUUCUUCCAUGGGUGGACCCCACUUACGAUGAUCCCUGUUUUUAUCAAUGCUGUUGGUGGGAUUCUAGUGGGCCUGGUCACUUCAUAUGCUGGCGGUGUAAGAAAGGGGUUUGUCAUUGUCUCUGCCCUGUGUGUUACCGCUUUGUUGCAAUUUGUGUUUGAUGGGAAACCGCCUUCAUUGUUCUGCCUUUUGGCUCUUCCGCUUGUGAUGGUCAGCAUUUCAAUAUACCAGAAGUACCCGUAUCAUGCCAAAAAGAAGGAAACAUAGACGACGUUAUCCCGAAACAGUAUUGGAGGUCGGGCAUUGCGUAUGUCUCAUUAUCUAUCAAAUGGACGGAGCGAUGUGGGAGUUGCCUAAGGUGUCCCACAAUGUUAUAUGCAUAUGUACACCAGAACUGACAACAACAAUGAAUCAAACUUGGAAAGUUGGGACACAUUGUUGUAAUUGUUAGAUACAAUGUUAUAUACUUGUGUAUAACAAAUUAAACCCUGAAAAGUUGAAUACAUCUUUGUAAUAAUAAUGCCAAAGACUGAAAAUAUGCAAUUCUAGCAUAAAGUUGAAUCAAUAAUCCCAUUCAUCCA